AUGAUUGGAAAUAUCACAGAACGCCAGCGCCGUAGCGCGCCUCCAGUCGCGCCUUCCAUACCUCGCUCCGCUGGGUUUCCAAAGGCUGUACACCGGUCAAAGAAACUGGCAACUUCACCUGCCGCUCUAGAAAGUCAGCGUGCCGCAGACACGAGUUGGGUGGCCACGUCUUCUGCGGCACUCAAACAGCCUCAACUUCGCCCACCGCUUACACUUGAUAUCCCUUCAAACCCUGAAGAAUCACGGCAGGACGACCUGGAUCGAAUGCAUGCAGAAAUAUCAGCAGAGAAUACGAACAUUGUGAACAGGAUGACCCCCGAACAACGGGAAACAGAGCGGCAGGAAAUUCUCCAGAGAUUUGGUGGUGAUAUUGGGGACAUACUACGGAAAGCCCGUGAAGCCAGGGAAAAGGCAGCGAGGCGAUCGCCUUCGAAGGGAAGUCUCCGGAGAUCUUCUGUCUCCAGUGCAAGUGACAUGGACAUGAGUCCUGCCUCUAGAAGCGGGACACCUCAUCCUGAUUCCUUGAAUACGACGUCUUCUGGGCUAAAGCGUACGCUUAGAUUUGCGGACGUUAAACCCUCGGACGUCUAUAUUUACGAAUCGCAACCAUCGUCUCCCAAAAAGGAGCGUCUCGCCCUGCCGCCUCCCCCGGACCAGAAGGACGACUCGAUAAUAUCUCUGUCACCGUCAAAUGGGUCUCAUCAUCCACCGGAGCUAUCUUCUAAUCCGAACUUUCAGUCCCCCUCUUCCGAAGUUACGUUGUCACCACUUUCAGUGCAUACCACAACUGAGGGCACGCCUGAAGAUAUUCGUCGUAGGUUUUUCCCCGAGGCGAGAUCGGACGAACCUGCCCUUUCUUGGAUAGCUGAGAAACCGGCUCCGAAUGCGUCAGCUACCUCUGCAUCGGAAACUCGUUACGAUUUGGAAGGACACCCAAUACCUCGACACCUGCAUCUAACUCUUCCAACACACCUAGGGCUUCACCACCACGGUGCUGCCGACCAGGCAGCAGGAUAUACCCUCGAUGAUGUCCUGCAUCUUGUCAGGUCCACCGUCCCUGCCCAGAGAAUGGCAAUGAUGAGGGUGCUUGGUGGCAUAUUGCGCCAUCUCCACGAAGAAAGAAAUGGCGGAGGCAAGGAAGGCGACCCUUCAUCACAGCUCGCGGAAAUUGACUCAACACGAAAGAAUAUUGUGGCUGCUGGGAUAGAGGCGCUGACCGAAAGGAGCCCUACCAUUCUUGUACGGGUCGUAGAUGUCAUUUGGGAAGGCAUAGGAGCUUGGGAAAAACAGUGGGAUUCCUGGGGCCACGAACUGCCACUGGUUGAGUUCGAAUUGCGAAAUAUCGACCCACGGAACUCCCUUGGGACCCCGCGAAGUUCAUCCUCCGAAGCUGCGAUAGAGCCACCACUGAUCAUCUCCGGUUUGCCGCUGCCGAGCAUUCUGCCUCAUUUCGCAGAGCUUCUGGAUUCGCAAACGCUGCCGCUCACCACCCUAUCAAAGAUACUCUCCAUUAUAGAAACCAUCUCACGGCAAUCGAAAGAAUGCGUUGAGGCUGUUGUUCAUACAUCUUCUCUGCUUCGAGCGCUCCUAGCCAUAUUUUUAGGAUCACUUUCUUCACCCUCGGACUCAUCCAAGUCACCUUCCCAAAAUGGUUUGACGUAUGGGGAGUCGCCGCCCAUCGCUGUGACCACCCUUCGGGUCUUCAGGCUCCUUCUUGCUACCAAACAUGCUGCCGUCAAACUCAUCGAGACUGGAAUUCCCGAUGCUCUCCUACGAAGCUUCAUAGCCUCACCGCUGGAUCUUGUACUGCUGGCCGACUACUACUGUCAGGAGCUUUUGUACGAAACCUUGAAAUUCUUCGCUAAUAUUGGGAAGUAUGGAUUGUAUUGCUCAGCAGUCACCACAGCCCAUGCAGCUUUCCAGGGAGUUGGUCGCCGCAUACUGGACGAAUUGAAGUCUUCAUCAGGGUCAGAUUCGAAUUUCAUUUCGCCCUCACAUUCGGCUCCUACCCUGAGAAACCCGUCGGAGCCUAAUAGAGUGUUUCCAAUUUCGUUGUUAACAUCCGCCUGGCUCGACCUUCUCGCGGUUUAUCUCGCUUGUGCUCUUGACCCCCAUGUUACAACCCCUGUGCACGAUAUCAAAUGGAGCUUCGUUGGAAAAGAUGGUUGGAGAUGGGGCGAUGACUUACUGCAGUUCAAUGAAGUGAUGACGGGUGUCGAAGAUGCCCUGCCGUUUGCUGUAUGGGCCUCGCUUUGGAACACCCUGGCUAGCUACCUGGAAGGAGCGUUUGUCAACUCCACAAGCCAGGGGUGGGCUGCAGAGAGGGAAUUAUUCAGGGGAGCAAUUCAGGGGGGAAGGGUAGUAACCGGUGCUCUUGAGGAGUGCAAGGCAGUUCUUUCAUCAUUCACCACCACCACCAAAGAGAAGUUCUCACAGGAGACAGCAGCUGAUUUACGAAGGCUCAGCUCAGCAGCGGCUUGUUUACAUGCUUCGCUGAGGCUAGAGCUGGUACUGCUUCGUGAACCAACUCACAGCAAUGAAACCCCAGCCACGGAGCUCGAAGCGAUCGGUCAGCACCAUGUAUCCGGCGAGGACGUUUCGGAAAUCCCGCUGGAUUUGAUUGGCGCGUUUUGUGACGCCGUAGUGACCAUUGACAGUCCAUGGCAACUGAUCACCAAGGAAGGGGUGCCAUCAUUUGCAUACACGUUCCUCCUCCCCCUCACGUCCCUCCUGUCUCUGGAUCUGCGUCUCCGCCAUGAUAUGAAACGUAGGCAUGACACCGACUGGACGAAGCGUUGGCUGGCGCAUGCAAUCCGCGUGCUUCACCAUCUCCUUCCCUCAGAUGAGCUGCAUGGUGAAUGGAUAAUAAGUGCUGUUACAAGGUUAAUGGGUGCCGAGUUGUCUGAAUCUCUUCAUUGGCGUGUCCCACGCAGUGUAUGGACCUUUGGGGGUACAAACCUCAUUGCUCCAUUCUUGAAGGAUGCGCUUCAUCCGAUUGGCAUGCAAUAUGGACAUAUACCCAUCCAUUUGUGCCAGUUCAGCACCACAUCAGACUCGGUCAGACUAGCCACCCAGCUUCUCCUUCCUUCUUCUUCUGCUAUUAGAAGCCAGGUUUGUCGCGAUGGCCCUAGAGGUUCAAGAUGGGGCCUCCCCCUGGCACACGAUUGGUGCUUUUCACCCUUGGAUCACCUCUUGAAACCUGAGAAAUCCAGGGUUCUCAGAUCUGGUCUCCCGAUGAUUGGCCCGGAUUUAUCCUCCAUAUCCAACAUCAAGUCUCCCGCCAAUGAUGAAGCGCUGGAAGUGACGGCGUCGGAGACAGACCUCGUUCGGGCAGCUCUCCUUUUCUCCGGCAUAUUAAUGAACCUAUAUGCGGUUGAGAAAUUGAUUAGUGGUGCAUGUGUCAGUCACUCCGAGACAGUGUUCGCCUGCAUGAAGAUAUUUAUGCUGGAGCACGAUCAGAGACAGGGAGACUCUUCCGAUGAAGUAUUCCGAGACAAAUUCGUUAGCAAAAGCAUGCUUUCAUUACUAUCGCACUCCAAAUUGGUUUCGAGACCGUCGGCAAAAGAGCUGCAUAAUCUAGAAUUGGUAUCGCGCAAUUUCCUAGGCCCAUCUACACCAUUUUUUCAAUUUUGCACUGAUUUUAUCAUGCUCUAUGAUGCCCUCUCUUUUGCGGACCCGGUCUUUGCAUCAUUACUCAUUCCCCCGCUUUCUAUGGAAUAUCCAUACGACUAUCGCAGACUCCUCUGGGUCGAUUUCUCGCACAUACUCUACACUAUCCGAACCGACACAUCGCAUCCAACCAUUCGUGACAUUGGGGAUUACCUUUGGCCGGUCGAAACCAACGGAGAUGUCAUGAACGCGUACGUCAACAUUCUGUGCGAAAGUGGUCAGCGAGCCCUGUCGGACGGAAUCCUUCGGUUCAUUGCUCUGCACCACACUGCCUGCUACAUUUGGCCUGACAUGAUGACCCUGGGAGACGCAUCGCCACCUACAUGGAAUGAGCCGAAAGCACAAAAGCUGUUCAUGUUGCUGCUCUCCGCUCCACACGAAACCAUGCGUCAAAUGGUGUUUUACCGGCAGGAGGGCAGAGGCCAAACACUUGCUCCUCCCGCGUGCUUUGGUGUCGGGAUCAUGAUGGGAUCAACACUUUGGGAACAGAAUCGGCGUGACCUUGCAUUGCGGUGGGGAGGUGACAAAUCUAGUGACAGGAUUCGGGCUUUGUUUGAGCCAAUGUAG